CUCACUUCAUCGCCAUGCCAACUCUCGCACAAAUGACAACAGUGCUGAAGCCAUGGCAGUGUAUAUGCACAGGGACCUUUACCUCUCUCCUCAACCUGAGCUAGCAGAUCCCUGGAGGUCAAGCAAGAACAUAACAGAAAGAUGAGAGAGGAUCAAGCAUUGGGCAUUUAACUCUUCACAUAUGCAGAAUCAAAUAUCUUGUCUUAUGUGCAAUUGGCAUUCUCCAGAUGCUGCACAUGACUGAAGGAAACACUGGAGGAUGUGGGUGUCCAGCGGCCACGGUUUUAACUCGCUUUCCAUCACUUAUUUCCAAUGACACUUGCUGCUUAAACUACUCAGGAUCCUCAUUCAACCAGGUGCCUUGGUCUGCUAUCAUGUUAAAUAUAAACCUGGAGAUUUUGGACUUAACUAACUGUAAUAUGAGUCACAUUGAGGAUAUUGGAGAUUCCUCCACUUCACUGAGAAAGCUGUAUCUCGGUCAAAACAAACUGACAUCUCUUCCAGCUGAGUUCCUUUCCAAAGCCUAUCAUUUGGAGGUGCUGGACCUGGGGAUGAACUAUCUGAAAGAUCUCCCGGGGCAAUUUCUGCAGAACUCUGAACAGUUGCAGGUGCUGAAACUUGGAUGGAACCAGCUGAGCUUUCUCCCGGGUUCAGUCCUCAAGCCUUCUCUACACCAUCUGGACCUCUUUGAGAACCCCUGGGCUUGCACAUGCUCGCUGUUGGAAAAGCUUCAAGGUACUCAACAUGACAACUCCAGUAGCCUUCAAGGCCUUGUGGGAAAUCUGACCUGUGGCUCUCCUCAGAGCCUAGCCGGACGGACAGUAUGGUCUUUGCAGAGUAGCGAUGUGUGCCACUUGGCCAACCUGACCCCUCUCUUCAUCCUGCUUCCUCUGCUCCUCCUCGUCAGUCUGGUGCUCUGCUGGUGCUGUGGCAGGAAGAAGAAGAGGAAAGAGACAUCAUCGUUUAGCCCAGCUCGCAAAAGAUCCAACAACUCACAGUGCAACGAAUGGUGGCCGCAUGCCAAAUUGGCCACUGGUGAGUCCGCUGAUAACAGAAAGGACGUCAUUCUGAGGAACCAACUUAUGCUUCAGCCCUCUUCCAACCUGCUGGGCAGCACUCGUGAUAUCUAUGAGGAGGUGGAGAUCAAACUGGGAUCGGUGGACUCGUUGGCACCUCCGUCGUCCACUUGCUCCACUGAAGGAACUCCAGGCAAGCAGGAUCUGGACACAGUAAGUGUGACCGAGGUGAUGAAAGACUCGGCGGAUCGGGAGAGAGCAUACAUGAUCCAGUCUACUGAAUACUACAGCUUGGUGCCUGGGAUCGAGAUCGAAGACUCCGAUCACGGGGAGUAUGAGAGCGUGGACCUCUCGUGACAUCAUAAGAUGAUGUUAAUUGUGUGUUUGGUUGACAUGCUUUCAGGUGUAUUGGAGUUUGGUAUCACUGGUCAUAAUGUGUUGCAGAGUACAAUGAACAUUUGUACCGAAAAGGAAGUUACUGAACCAGUGUGAAACCAUUUUAUUUCCAUACAUGAAUAAAUUACAGCACUGCUGUGAUAACUUGUCAAAAGGGUCUGUUUGCAGACUCCAUCAGUCUGAUGCAAGAUAGCUAUUAUAUAGCUAUUGCCUCAAUAUUUACAUUGUAUCUAGAUUUGAAUCUCUUUUUCUCUCAUUUUUUGCAGUUUUAGAUGGUUUUAGAUGAAUUUCAAAGUGUAGAUGUAUUUGGUGUUGCAUAUAACUUGUGUAUUAUAUUAUGAAGAAGAAAGUUUUUUUAGCUUUAAUUGCAUUUGUAGAUCAAGUGAUUCUUUAUCAGAAGUUGUAAAUCCGACAUGUGUAAGUGAACCAAAUGCUUUGCCAAAGUUUUGAUGCAUGAUGAGCUUAUAUUUAAGUAGGGUUAUUUAAUGUCACAAUAUACAUAUGAAAACAAGGACUUUUCAGUUCCAGGAUCUGGCAAGUAUGGUCACUGGCCACAUGUUUGACUGCAAAAAAUUUAGGCUCACAUUAGGCCUACUGACUGUUCACAUAACAUUUUUAUGUUAUGGGUUAUUAUAAACAAAAUGUAUCAUACAUUUAGUUCUAUAUCUAAUACAAUCAGCAAUAUGUUUGUUUAAGAGCAAAAGCCAAACAACACAGGAAAAAAACACUGUAUUUGCUAAAGUUACAUUCAAUUUGACUUGAAUUGACUAUAGGUCAUAAAGUGUUCGACAACAAUGCUUAAAAUGAUAAAAUAUAUUUUAUUCUCUAGUCCAGAGAAAUGUUUUGAAUUAAUGUUUUAACAAUUGUUGAAUUUCAGUUUUAAAAGAUAACUCUUCCCAAAAUUCACCCUCCAGAAUUAUUCACCCUCCAAACCUGUAUAAAUACCUUUGUAUGGUUUAUGGAAAGAUAUUUGUAAAAAUGUUAGCAAC